ACCCAGCCUUUGUUUGCUAGCAGGCAUAGAUGAUCUCUCUCUGGACUGAAAUUCGUAAUUUUAUAUUUAAUGAAAUAAAGCAGGAGUUUAUUGACAUGAUUGUUAGCUGCUGACAUGACUUAGCUGCACUGAACCACUCAAGAAAUUGUAUUAACAUCCUUCACAGAUCUUGUGCUCCAUACAUGAAGAAUGGCUGAACAUCAGAUCGAAGACCCAAAGAUUGCAUUUGCAUAUCUCCGCCCAUCCUGUGUCCUCCUGACCAAAGAACCUACGGUUGCUAACGUAGAAGCUCUUAGUGGUCAUCUCCACAGUGUGAGCGAUGGAGCUCUCCAACAGCUCCAGGACUAUAUUCUGUUUCCCCUCAGAUUUGUCCUCAAAUCCCCUGGCUCAAAGCGGGAGGGACUCAUCCAGGCGGUGAUGGAAGCCGUGACGUAUGUGCUGGAGAGCACUUGCGUUCAGAGUUGGGAUUCUCUACGGGAUCUGUUCUCUGAGCUGUGCCUUUGUCUGUGUUCCCCAAAAGACCCGGGAAAACCCGCCACAACCUCUGAGGAACUAAAGCUGGCCGUCCUUAGAUGCCUGGACACCCUUAUGCACUCUGCCUACGGUGACAUUGUUUUUAAACUCUACGAGCCAAGCAUGUUGCCUGGACUUGGAGCCGCCGUUUCACUACUUCUGGCAUUAGCAGAGCACGAAAAGGCUAGAGGAGUUCAAACGGCUUCCCUUAAAUGUCUCCUUUCUUUGUUUCAGCAGUGCGACUGCGUAGAGGAACACAUUGAGCCAGGACGGGACGAGAGGUAUCUGCUCGGACGCACCUUGGCCACUUUUUUACCUGGGAUUUCUCGAGCCCUGAGUCUCGUAAUAAGUGGAGAUGUAAGACAAGGCCAUACAGUUACAGUGAAGGCCAUGAGGGUUUGGUACAAAGCAGUAGGUCUGGUAAUGGCCGAUGAGCAGCUUCAGAAAACAGACAAUGAUGUGGCAGCUGGAAAUCUAGGGCUGGUUGAGAAGCUUGUUGUAAAGAGAAGUCCAUCCUGGCGCAAAACCACAUCCCAGCGCCUUGCUUUGGUCUUACAGAAGAUCAUUUCUUGCACAUCUGCCCACCCGCACUGGAGAGUCAGACUUGAGUUGGUCAAUCUAUCCCAUUUUCUUCUUUCUCAGUGUAGCCAGUCUGUGGGUGAAUGUGUCGGUCUUCUUCUGGAAGCAUUGGUAGGUGCUGUCAACGAUGAGGAGCCUGAGGUUAAGCACAGGUGCAAUGCAGCAUUAGAUGAGGUGGCACAAAUGGGUCAAACCAAUGGCAGACAGGACUUUACUGAUAUUCUAUCCGAAAACCUCCACAGCUUGGCAUCAUCCUUACCUAGACUCAUGAGAACAUCUGACGACCAACGCAAGCUCUUUGUUCUUAAUGUGUUCCUUGGGUACCUCAAGAUUCUGGGGCCUAAAGUGGAUGCGGUACUUUCUUCAGCAGUACAUCUGGAGCGCAUCUCCAAAGCAUUGAUGCAAGUGAUGGAGCUGGACGUAACGGAUGUGAAGAUCAUCGAGGAGAGAACUCUGACGUCUUCGACAGACUUGAGACCUGACCUGCACCAAAUCCCAUCCCAGAGGAAAUACUUCCUCUACUUCACAGAUGACAAGAUAUUCUCAGCACUCAGGAAGAUCUGCCGCAUGUUGGGAUACUACGGAAACCUCUACCUUCUUGUUGACCGCUUCAUGGAAUUUUACAGGGAGUCUUCGGUUUACAGAAAGCAAGCUGCUUUGGUCCUCAACGAGGUCAUUGUCGGUGCUGCAGGCAUUGGCGUAGAAACGGACACUUCUAGGAUUGAUUGUUCAGGAACAAACCGGUCUAGAACAAAUCAAGAAGACUUGAAAUCUUCAGUCAUGUCCAUCAUCGAGGAGUACAUCAGUUUGAGUAACUGGCAUCUCCCUACAGUCUCAGAAGCCUUGGAAGGGAAACUUGAGUCUACAAACUCCUUGGUGUCCCAAUAAUCCAGAACGAAACUGUCUGCAGCUGCUUCCAGCAUCCAAAACGCCAACGCUCCACCAACUCAACAGCAACAUCUGGCAAA